CAAGGAAAGGAGUUGCUAAAAAAAAGGUCAAACAACGCAGCUCCUAAACAUAGACUCAAACAAAAAAUAGAUCGAGAGAGAAUGGGUGACAACAACUCCUGCAAGAAACAUUUUGUAUUAGUUCACGGGGCAUGCCAUGGAGCAUGGAGUUGGUACAAGGUUAAGCCCCUUCUCGAGGCCGCCGGUCAUCACGUGACACCGCUCGACAUGACGGCCUCGGGGAUCAACCUCAAAAGGAUCGAUGAAAUCCAAACAAUCGGAGAAUAUACCGAGCCGUUGAUUCAGUUUUUGACAGCUCUACCUAAUGAUCAGAAGGUCAUCCUUGUUGGGCAUAGCCUUGGAGGACUCAAUAUAGCCGUCGCUAUGGAAAUGUUUCCUCAAAAGAUCGAAAUUGGUGUUUUUGUAACCGCCUUUAUGCCGGACCAUGUGCACACUCCUUCCUUCAUCUUCGAUCAGUUUGUUGCAAGUAUGCCCGACGGAGGCAAAGAUUAUUGGUUGGACACGAAAUUCGAGAACUCCGGUGAUCCAAAGGAGACCCUGACCACAAUGUUCUUUGGGCCACAGUUUAUGUCUCUGCUCUAUCACUUAUGUCCCCUUCAGGAUUUGGAGUUAGCAAUGACAUUGAAGAGGCCAUCAUCGUUGUUCCUUCAUGAAGCAUGGAAACCAGAGGCGAAGCUAUCAAAGGAAAGAUAUGGAUCAGUGAGGAGUGCUUUUGUUGUAUGUGAAGAAGAUCAAGGGAUAUCCCAAACUUUCCAACGUUGGAUGAUUAGUAAUAAUGGGGUGAAAGAGGUGAAGGAACUUAAAGGAUCGGAUCACAUGCCAAUGUUAUGCAUGCCUAAACAGCUCUCUGAUUGUCUUGUCGAAAUUGCCCAAAUAUAAAUGCUCCAAUUUCUAUAUAUAUAUAUAUAACUCGUGACACAUUUAUGUUUUUUUCUUAUUUGUUUUGUAAAAUUGUUAAGCUACCAUGCAUUGACUUUUAUAUUGUCUGAUUAUUUUGAAUUCUUGUUCAAUGGAUGGGACUCGAUUGUAAUUUGCCUCUAUAAUGAAGCCGUGUUCGGCAGUAGCGUUUGAGGUAGCGGGUAAACGUUUUGACCUAUUU